GCUAUUCACCGCACUGCAUCUCAAAUGGCAUGCUAUUCACUGCACUGCAUCUCAAAUGGCAUGCUAUUCACUGCACUGCAUCUCAAAUGGCAUGCUAUUCACUGCACUGCAUCUCAAAUGGCAUGCUAUUCACUGCACUGCAUCAGACAAGGGCACUUGGGCUCCAUGUAGGGGACAGACUGCCAGUAAUGUCUCCCCUGCAUCAUGUCGUCAGGUGGCCUUCUGAAAGCUGCGUAAUGACAAGCUGAGGGGGAAUCCUCUGUUGUGGGGGGGAACACAAAGCACCAACAGCCCCAUUGUGUUAACCUGGCUAGUAAUUAGCACUGAGAAAAUGACCCACCACCACCUUCUCUAACCCAGAACACUACUACCCCUGACACUAAAGCUCACAGCGUUUCAUUCUAACUUCAAAAGUUGUCCCUUGUCAGGCAAGCUCCGGCUUCCCUGUGUUUUUCUGAGUAGAGUGAAGCAGGCUCGCCUGUCGGUCUCUCUCUCUGUCUGUUUAAAACAUUUAUCUGCUCCGAAGCCCAGCGCUCGCAGAGGACUGUUUGCUGUCCUGCCACCUACAGCUGGCUCAGAGGAAAGAACUUGGCCUUGGAUACAGACCGACAGACAGCCUGCAAACCCCUGGUAAUGUAUAACAGGGUUGUCUCACUGCUCGUUCUAUUUGUUGUGUCAACUGACGGUAGCUAGUCAUUAUAUUGACUGUGUUUCAGUUUGAUACAGUGUCAGUCAGUGGGAUGUGUUUAGAGGGCAGUCUGAUUACAGGAAUGCAUUAUCAACCUUGAUGCUGUUUUCUGUACAUGAAGAACAGAGAAUGUGUUCACCGCUGUCUUAGUGGAGGUGUCUUUCAAUGGGCUCACUUGAAUUUUAUUAGAAUUUAAGGGUUAAUCUGAGGAGAAUUUAGUUUCCUGUCUUCUUCAGAUCGUUCUAAACAAAGGCAUUCAUAGUCACAAAUCUUAGUCCUGCAUCCUCUAUUUAUCUCUUGUAACUAUACAGGAAAUACCAUACUCUUAAACUUUAAAAAAAGACCUAACUUUGGGUUUCAUCCUCUUGUCACAGUAAUGGUUUUAUAUGCUCACUCAGUCUCUCUCUUUCCUUCUAGUUCCUCCAUGCAAGCCUAGACAUCCAGAGAGUCAUGUUAGUCACAAUGUUUUCCACUCUUUCUUCUCCCCCCCCACUCCUCUUCUUCUUCUCUCCCCCUCCUCUUCUCCUUUCUCCUCCCAUCGGUCUGUUCUGUCCUCCCACUCUGGAUGAAGGGAGGGUUUUAACACUUCAAUUCCAGGGCCAACAUGUGACGGUCGAUCUGCGGUACAAAAUGUCCCCCUAUCCCCUCCCCAGUGCCCUUCUCUAAAUGCACUUGGUCAGAAGUGGACUACAUAGGGAAUAGGCUAUUUAGGACUGUCAUUUAAAUGGGUACAGGCAUACUCAAUCACACUGUGAUAACAGACAAAACAUCCUUCUGCAUGUCUACACACUUCCCUGCUACACACACACACACACACAUUCUAGAAAAGUUGAGAAAAGCAAUAAGAUACUUCAGUAAGAUACUUAGUGUUUCCAAUGUAAACUAUGGAUCAUGGGCGGGCCUAAUUCUCAUUUCUCAAGUUAUUGGGUUACUUGUGUUUAGCUUUUCCCCCUAAAGUCUAGGCUCAAAAGCUCAACACGCUGCGUUUUUGGCAGAGCCCACUUCAGCGUGCUCAACACGCUGCGUUUUUGGCAGAGCCCACUUCAGUGAGCUUCACUGAAACAAGAGCUGACAAAAUCAAACAAGCACACAUUGAAUGUCAGCUGGCCUCACACCAUUUAUCAGCAGACAUAAUUGACCAUCAUUCAGUCCAAAUCCUAAAUGUGCAUCACAUAUUUAAAGGUGUGUCUUUCUAAACCCCUGAUAGGUGAGAAGUGGGGAAUUACAGCUGUGGUGUUGUGCAGAGAGGCAGCAUUGUAGUUGUUUGCUGUCUGACUGGGACUUGUUAUUACUGAGAGUUCCUGACGGACAAGGCAGACUACCUCCCGCUAAUAUGGAGCCCUGGCUGUUACUGGCUCUGAGUCUCCUCUGCCUGGAGCCGUCUGGAGCAGAGACCCCGGACCACAGAGGGCUAGCUGCUCACGCCCCGGGGAAGACCAGGGGCCCAGCGGGUCCGGAGUUCAACCAGCCCCAGGGAGGACAGCCAGGCCGGGUUAAGCGGAGGAAGGCAGCAGGGCCCGGUAGGGGGAGAACCAGGGUGAACAGAGAGCGGUCUCAACCUCCUCUUGCCCUGACGAGACUGGGCAGCAUUCCAGCCAGCGCUGGAGGCAACGAUGGAAUGUCUGUUUUCAUAGAGUCCUACAGGGGUGUUGACGAGAGGCAGUCCAACUACAACGUACUACCAGAUAAGAAGGGCCAGUGUGUGUACCAGGGCCUCACCAUGUUUGAGCAGGCGGUGUGGUCCCCCAAGCCCUGUGUGACCUGCCUGUGUAGUAGGGGAAGGGUGGUCUGUGAUGAGGUCACGUGCCCUGCACUGCCAUGUCACUUCCCUUACACCCCCCCUGGGCAGUGCUGCCCCAUCUGCACGGACAGAGUAGCCCGUGGUGAUGUCCCUGACUUCUCUGGCGAUUCCCCAGUACCCAACGACCCCAGCGCACCAGACCCUAUGAACCCUGACCCCAUUCUCGACCCUGUCGUGCCCCGCACCCAGACCGAGAUAGAGCACCUCCUGAAGAGAGAGGAGCAGCUGCAUCGGCAGGAGGAGGAGCGACUUCUCAAGAAGGACGAAGAAAAAAAGAGGAGGAGAAAGCAGAAGAAGGAGGAGGCAGAGAAAAAGAGGAGGCUACAGGAAGAGAAGAUGCGUGAGGAGGAACGGCUGCGUGUGGAAGAGGAGGAAGGGAGGAGGCAGGCGGAGGCAAACAGGCUGAGGGAGGAGGCGGAGAAGGAACGGCUGCGUGUGGAAGAGGAGGAAGGGAGGAGGCAGGCGGAGGCAAACAGGCUGAGGGAGGAGGCGCAGGCGGCCAUGAGGGACCAUGAGAGAAGGCAGGCAGAGGAGAGGAGGAGACACGAAGAGGAGCUGAAGGAGAAAAUUAGGGAGCUAGCAGAGCUGGAAGAAGAGCAGAGGGAGGAGGAGGUGGAAUGGCUGUUAAGAGGAGAUGUUUUCCAGAUGUUUCCAGAGGGUCCCACCGAGGAGGGCAUCCUUCCUCCUGCUCCUCCCCUGGCACCUCCCACUGAGCGACGGACAGAGGUGAUACAGCAACCGGGGAUGGGCCUCCCACCAGGCUGUGGCAUGUCUGACGUCACUGUGACAUGUGAAAACGCCAGGCUGACCAACUUCCCGCCUCUAAACAUCCCUGAGCUCAAAUCUCUGAGUCUGGAGGGUAAUGACAUCACAACCCUCCCCAUGGGGGCGUUCAAUGGGAUCCCAAACCUGGAGUGGAUCAACCUGGGCAAGAAUAAACUGACAACGGCUGGCCUCGACCCACAAGCCUUCAGAGGUCUAAAGUUCCUGAGCCGUCUCUACCUGGAUAACAACUUCCUGGAGUUGGUCCCGACAGACCUCCCCCCUACACUACAGGAACUCAAGAUCAAUGAGAACCAUCUGAGAGGCAUAGACGAAAACAGCUUUGAAGGUCUGAGUGACCUGCUGACCCUGGAGUUGGAGGGGAAUGUCCUGAGUGAAGGGAACUUAGAUCCUCGAGCUUUCAGCCCCCUCUCUCAGCUGUCAUACCUCCGUCUGGGCAGGAACCACUUCAGGACGGUUCCCCAGGGCUUGCCGCCAUCUCUACUGGAGGUGUAUCUGGAGAACAACCUGAUAGAGGAAAUAUCAGACUCGGUCUUCAACCAAACCACAAACCUGAACAUGAUUUCACUCAGGCACAACCGACUGGAUGAGUCUAGGAUUGCACCCCUAGCAUGGAUUAACCUCAAGUACCUUGAGUCCAUCGAUUUAUCAUACAACCGUCUUUACCUGGUCCCAUCCUACCUGCCCAGAGCCCUGGUGCACCUGGUCUUGGUCGGGAACCAGAUAGAGAGGAUCCCCGGGUUUGUGUUCGCCCACAUGGAGCCGGGCCUGGAGUACCUGUACCUGUCCUUCAACAGGCUAGACGGGGAGGGAGUCGAGCCGGAGUCCUUCUUUGGCACCUAUACUUCCAUGACGGAGCUGUGUUUGGACAACAAUCAGCUGGUUACGGUUCCGGCCGGUAUCAACGAGAUGAGCUCUCUGCACUUCCUGCGCCUUAACAACAACCGGAUCAGGACAUUUGCAGAGGACGCCAUCUGCGACCCCCAUAACAAUGAGGACUCCCACAUCGUGACACUGCGGCUGGAAAACAACUACAUCGACACCAGGAAGAUUGUGCCCAACGCCUUCUCCUGUGUACGCUCCUACUCCAGCGUCGUCCUGAAACCUCAGUGGGCAAAGUAAUAGGCUCCGUCUGACGCCGUUAUAAAGACAAUGACCCCAAGUCACAAGUUGUGUUGAUGCACAGCAUUGGACCUUGUCACAUGUGGCUGAAUUCCAAAUAGACCUCUUAGCCAGAAAACCCUCUGCUUUCCUAUAAAUCUGAAAAGUUUGGUGAUAGGUAGAAAGAGUAUGACACCAAUUCCAUUGAACCAAUCAGGUGAAAAGAUGCCAUUACCACUAUGCUACAAUCUAUUCAUACACAUAUUUACAAUGAUAUUGAUUCUAUAGAAUCAAUCAGAUGCAGCAUAGAAUUUUAUUUUGUUCAUUAUUUAUGUUCUGCAUUUUUGACCCAAAGGAAGAAAAUUAAGCCUUGCUUAAUUCUGAGAUGAGGGCUGAAAUCCUUCUAAUCUGGGAAAACUUCACCAUUAGGGUAGGGUUUAGAGUUGCCCUAAGAAAACAACUGCCGAUUUAAAAUCAAUCAAAUCAUAAUUUUUUCGGGGUAGCGCUUCCUCCAGCAAAAGAUGAAUGCCAAAAAACUUGAAAAAAAUGUGCCUUUCAGAUGUCCUGCGCAGGAGAAGAUAGAGAAAUGAGGCAAUGACGGGCACAUGGAAGAGCUGGGAUGUCAAUGUGGAAUUCAGCCUUGGUUAUGAUUGCAGACGUCCAAAACCCAAAGAAUCUGUCAACUAUGAAAAACAGACACUAUUUCAACAAGACAUCAUUAGAUCACGAUCACCAGCCACCAUUAGAAACUCCCUCAUUAUGAGUGAUGCUUACUCAAUGACUUGCUUAUCUCGGGUCAGUUAUGGCAUUUCUUCCACUAAAUAAGGUUAGGAUUGGUGUAGGGGAAACUGAUCCUAGAUCUGUAACUAGGAGACACUUAAUGCAGGACACGCAUAACCUUCUACACAUGUUGAUGUAAAUUACUGAGGGUUAAUAUUACUGCCAUAAAAAUUUUAAAGUACCUUCAAUUUCGUACACGGUUUCCGUUAUUCAAAAACAGAUUACAGUUAUUACUGGAUGGAAACAUUCUUGGGAAGUGAGGCCUAGAUUGGACUGUCUUAAACCUCAAUUUCAAUACUGAAGCAUUGGAGUCAGACCUCAGAGAAGAAAACAGUAGUCAGUUUUGGUAUCUGUGGUAUGUCUGGCUGUAUCCCAAAUGGGCCCCUAGUUCACUGCUUUUGACCAGAGCCCAAGGACACAGGGGUCCAUGUGGAAUGCAUCUCUGGGAUGUCCAGGGGAGGCCCUUCAUCCUCUUUGACAGUUGCCAUUCAGAUGCUGCUUCAUAUUUUGGUCUUCACCACUCGACUGAUGAUGGGGAAAAAAGGUACAACCUUAAAUGCUCCGCCUCCUUGACCAUGACACCCAAGUACCUUGACCAGUAGUAUCGCCGUGGUCAGAGGCUCCAAGCCCUUUUAAUAGAUUUGCUUUUUUUGUCAAGAAGCAGGUCAGGUUUCACAAAAUAGGAAAAUAUUCCACUGAUGUAUGUUGGGGUAAUAAGUAGCUUGCAUCAGUAUUUUCACGUUGUUACUUUCUUCAACAGAUGUAUUUCACCAGUCAUCAUUCAUUCUAUUUAGAAAACCAUACAUUUUAAACUAUACAUGGACAUCAUACUGUGGAAUGGAAACUUGGACUAAAGUUAUGAGUUUGAUAGGUGUCUACAACACCACUUGUACUUGGCUGGCUAAGAAAGUGGGUAUAGGAAUAUAUGAAAACAAUUAUGUAAGAAAUGUAUUAUCUAUAAGUUUAUAAAAAGUGCAAGUAACUGUUGUUUCUGAACCUGUACAAAAAGAUGAUGUACCACUCAAAUAAACAAGCACAAGUCUCAA